AUGGGCAUUCUCGGUAUUUGCAUCGGUAUCUGGGCGAUCCUCGUCGUCCUGGGUAAUUCAUUUCUCCAAGGAAUGGUCAAACAGUACAUGAUGAUAGACUUGGCCAGCAAUUUAUUCGUCAACGGCCUUCUCGCCUAUGUCUACCUCGCCCUCACGGCCAUCGUCGAUUUCACGAUUUUCUUCAUGCUUCGCCGCCGCAUUCGUGCCUUUCAAAGCGAUCAACGUCGUCAAACGAGUCAACAAGCGAGAAAUCUACGAAAAGAGUACAAAUUGGCGGCACAAGUGAGUAAAGCGGGCAUUCAAUCCAUCAAGUUCGAUGAGUGUGAUGCA